AUGGACUUUGACGUCCUGUCAGAGUUUGACCCCCUGGUGUGCGACCAGCGGAUAGCGACGCCGCAGACGAGCAGGCCAGCGAGCAGGCUGGGUGCCCGUCAGCAGCACAAUGCUUCAACGUCAGCCUCGCUUGCAGCUCCCAACGCGAACCAUAGACCGCUGCCGGGAGCAGGAACUGCUGGAGCCGAGGAAGACGACGAUGAGUUUGGCUCGUUCAGUUCUGCUCCUGCUUCACCUGAGAAGUCGCCCGUCCCAUCUCAACCGCCAUCUCGACAGUCAGCACGGCGUGCCGUUGCUAGCUCAAGCAAUGGCGACAAUCACAGAGCUGCUAGCAAAUAUACUCCUGCUACUGCUGACGCUAGCCGCAAUGGCAUCAACACUCGAGCAACGCUCCAGCUGUUGCCUGACACGCCAGGCAGCUCGCGCCCAAAUUCACCGAACCCGAUGAGCCCGCCGCAGAACGGUUCAGAUGCCUACCAGAGCUAUGAUCAGACAUGGAGGAGAUUGAGCGGCUCGGUCAGACUACCGACGUACUCGGAACUGGCUCCUGCAGCCGAUGCGGCCUACUCGACCUUGCGGGACACUUGGUCCUCGCUCAGGUCCAAUGGCACAGACAUCAUCGCCCACGGCACCGCUGCACUCUUACCCGAUCCAGAUGCGCCAUCGAUGAGAUUACCCCCGGAUGGCGCACCGGGCUUCUACAGCCAGAACGGCUAUGCCCACUCGCACAGGCAUGGUUUUGACCUUGCCAAGGACACCCCGCCCAGGCCUGUCAGGCUGACCGGCAUCAAAGCUGGCACUCGACAAGUUCUCGAUGAUGACACUGCCGAACGGAUACGGAUCUCCCUGCCACCGAGGCUGAAGCUGGCAACGGAAUGGUCACUGCUCUAUUCGCUCGAUCAGCAUGGCGUCUCACUGACCACGCUCUACGAGCGAACGCAACGAGGACUACGAGGUAGCGAGUCCGGCUGCGUGCUCGUCGUUCGCGAUAGCGAGGGUUCCGUCUUUGGCGCCUACGUCAACGAAGCCUUUCGAAAGUCUGAUAAUUAUUACGGCAAUGGCGAGAGCUUUCUCUGGAGGAGGACAUCGUUCGAUCCGAAUGACUUUAGGAUAGGCAGCGGUUUACGCACGUACAAGUACACAGGCCACGAUGACUACAUCAUACAGAGCGAUGUCAACUUUAUCAGUGUCGGGACAGGAGGUGGUCACUACGGACUCUGGCUCGAUGCCGCGCUCGAGAAAGGCUUCACGACGACUUGCGCGACCUUCAACAAUGAAGUUCUGUGCGAGUCAGGCGUAAAGAGAGGACCGAGCGGGCUUCCAGAGGCCAAAUUUGAGAUCGUCAGCCUUGAGAUCUGGGGCGUGGGUAUCAACGCAGCAUCGUAUUGA